CUUGUCUUUAGCAAACACCUCGCCCAGCGAAAAGCGAUGAUAGACGUAUAUUUCAAGGGUGUUACGUAUGAAGGAACGUGAGGAAACUUGUACGAAAUGUACCAUUACGGCCGUCUGCAACAACUGAGCAAUCUGGACAUUAUGGGAGAUCAGGUGAAAAUGAUUUCCCAAUGAAGCAGCAGACAUAAAGCGAAAAAUGUGGUAUAUACGGAUAUUCUAGGUGAUUGAAGGAAAUUCCGUGGACACUAUGACCACUACUACGUCCGGUUGAUCGAUGUGUUUAUGCUCGUCUUCUCAAGUUUCUCAUCUCAUCGCAUGUUGACAACCUGCAUCAGUAGCAGUUACGUGUUCUUCUUUGUUUCCCCCCCCCAUCUUGAACAAUGGCUUUGAGUACUUCGGAUCAUCUCUACACAGCUUUUCUCAGUCAGCGAAUGGAUCAGCUUCGCGAUCGUCGUCAACGCGUGGUGUAACGACAAUUUCUUGGUCUGGACAAUAACCAGCUUGAUCUACUUCUUUCUUGGAACUGAUCUUCAUCAUUCUACUCCCCGCUUGCUGGUAUCCAUCUCCUACGGCAAUACCGCUUGUCGCAUCAAACAUCCAUGCUGUCGGCUGCUCUCAUCGCCGACCAAUCGUUUGGUUGUUAAUCUCCAUUCUUGCAUAAUGUGCUGGUAUCUAAUCUCCUUUAAAGUUAUCAGUAUUUCGCUUAGGGAGCAGUCACAUAUUAUUAGAUACCUCAUUCAAGGAAAUGCCGAUAUAAGGGAAUCGUUAGGAGCGGCGUAAAUAGCCCAGAUAACUGCUACGACCCGUAACGGACGUUUUCACCUAUUUCCAGUGCGUUAAAUAAGAAUUGCUUGUUCGGAUAUUUGCCCGCAACUUUAAGUCACCAACUAAAUACACAAAAUGAGUGCUGUUCAAAAGCAGAAUACAGAAUCGCAACGGGCUCGUCUGCUAGGAUCGGCCUCUGCCGGUAUAUUAGAGUUGACGAUGUUCCAUCCUGUGGACACGAUAUCCAAGCGUCUUAUGUCAAAUCACGGUCGAAUUACCUCUCUUGCUCAGGUGAAUUCCGUUAUUUUUAAGGAGCAAGCCAAUGCCUCUAUCGCCAAGAAGUUUAGUUCUCUCUUCCCUGGUCUAGGUUACGCUGCCUGCUACAAGGUGCUCCAGCGUAUCUACAAGUAUUCCGGUCAACCCAUUGUCAAGGAUUUUCUGGCAAAGAACUACGGUGAAUGCUUCGAUCAAAAGUUUGGUAAAGGCACAGGAAAGGCCAUUAUGCAUGCCACUGCUGGAAGUAUUGUGGGUAUUGGUGAGGUUGUUCUUUUGCCUCUUGAUGUCUUGAAAAUUAAACGCCAAACAAACCCUAAUGCGUUCAAGGGCCGUGGUAUUUUCAAGCUAAUUACUGAAGAAAAAUUUGCUCUGUAUCGCGGUUGGGGCUGGACUGCUGCUCGCAAUGCACCCGGUUCCUUCGCUCUUUUCGGUGGAAACGCAUUUGCCAAAGAGUAUGUCUUUAAGCUUAAGGACUACUCCAAGGCUACUUUCUUCCAGAACUUUUGUACUUCUAUUGCCGGUGCCUGUGCUAGUCUAAUUGUUUCCGCUCCCUUGGACGUCAUUAAAACUCGUAUUCAAAACAAAAACUUCGACAAUCCCCAGUCAGGCUUUACUAUUUUAAAGAACAUGAUUAAGCACGAGGGAUUUUCUUCCUUCUUCAAGGGUCUUACCCCCAAGCUGCUGACCACCGGUCCUAAGCUCGUCUUCUCAUUUACCCUGGCACAAACCCUCAUUCCGUUGUACGAUAGACUCCUCAAGUAAGCAUAGUACAGUACCCUUAAUUAAGCUUUUUUGUUUACCCA